AUGAUAAUUGGGGAUCUGAAUACUCAGAUCGGCACAAAUAGAAAUGGAUAUGAGGAAGUGAUGGGCCCUUUUGGAUACAGAAGACGAAAUGUUGAGGAUAAAUUAAUUGGAGGAAAAGUAAGGGACACUAAAGUAAUACCAAGUAAGCACUUGGAUAGUGACUACAGGUUACUAGUUGCUGAUCUAAAUUAUAAGAUGAAAAGUUUGAAUACUGUACAGAGAAUGCCAAAAAGUAAGGAGUGGAAGUUGAAAGAAGAAGAAAAUAAGAAAAGUUUCCAAAAUCCAGUAGCACAAAAAUUGCCAAAAACUGUAAGGGGUAGUGUAGAGGAAGAGUGGAACCUAUUUAAAACAUCAAUAGUUAACAGUGCUGCGCAGAUAUGCAGCAAAACAAAGGGUAAAGUGAAGGGCAAAGAAACCAGAUGGUGGAAUGAUAGAGUAAAAGAUGCAUUUAAAACACAUAAUAUGGCAAAGAAAAACAUGGAGCUUGAAAACAGAAAUCAGAACCAGGGGCUGGUGCCAAAAGAUGAACACAGGGUGACAACACUGGAGAAGAAAUACCGAUAA